AUGGCCGAAUCAGCAUCCAAGCGCGUCAAGACCGCCGGCAACGGCCCUCUCAUCGGCACCCACAAUGGCCACUUCCACGCCGACGAGGCUCUCGCUGUCCACAUGCUCCGCCGUCUUCCCACCUACCGUGAUGCCAGCCUCGUCCGCACCCGCGACCCUGCCGUCCUGGCCACCUGCCACACCGUCGUCGAUGUCGGCGGCGAGUACGAUGCCGAGAAGCGCCGCUUCGACCACCACCAGCGUGGCUUCACCACUACUUUCCCUGGCCGCCCUACAAAGCUCUCCAGCGCCGGUCUUGUCUUCCUACACUUUGGCCGCGCCAUUGUUGCCGAGCGUCUUGGUCUUCCUGAGGACUCUUCAGAUGUCGAUCUGAUUUACAAGAAGUUGUACGAGAACUUCAUCGAGGCCCUUGAUGCCCACGACAAUGGUAUCUCGGUCUUCGACCCUGCUGCCGUCACCGCCGCUGGUCUUCAGAAGCGCUUCAGCGAGGGUGGAUUUGGUCUUGGCGCCAUGGUUGGACGUCUGAACCCCAACUGGAACGACCCGACUCCCUCUGAUCCCGCCGAAGCCCAGGCUGCUGAGGAUGCCAAGUUCAACGAGGCAAGCAACCGUAUUGGCGAGGAAUUUGACCGCGAUCUCGAAGGCUAUGCUGCUUCUUGGCUGCCUGCCCGCACUAUUGUUCAGGAGGCCUUCAACAAGCGCUCUCAGUACGACGAGCAGGGCCGACUUCUUGUUCUCGAGGGCCAGUCUGUUCCCUGGAAGGACCACCUAUACACUCUUGAGGAUGGUGCCCCUUCGGUGCUCUACGUCCUCUACGCCGAGAAGCCUGAGCCUGGUGCCAAGUGGCGCAUCCAGUGUGUGCCUGAGAGCAAGGACUCUUUCGUCAGCCGAAAGCCCCUGCCUGAGGCUUGGAGAGGUUUCCGAGAUGCUGAGCUGGAUGGAAUCAGCGGCAUUGAUGGGUGUGUCUUUGUCCACGCUGCUGGUUUCAUCGGUGGCAACAAGACAUUCGAUGGUGCUAAGCAGAUGGCUCUCAAGGCUUUGGAAGGUUAA